AUGUCUCAACCGAUCCCGCAGCCGCCGGGCGUUCCCUUGCUCGGCAACAUCUUUGAUGUUGACCCAAGCAACACCUGGACCUCUCUGAAGAAGCUGGCGGAAAAGUACGGAGAAAUUUUCCAAAUCAGCGUCCUCGGCCACAAGCUCGUCUUCGUCGCCGGCGCCGCGCUGGCCGAGGAGCUGUGCGACGAGAAACGCUUCCGCAAGUUCGUCGGCGGGCCCAUUGUCGAGAUUCGGGCUGCCGCCGUGGCCGACACCUUCGUCGACAUGCGGGACACCGCCUCGGAGCUGACCCGCAACUGGGCGGGCCUCGGAUCCGGCAAGAACACGAUCCAGCUCAUCGAGCAGCUCAACCGACUCAACCUGGAAGCCACCACCCUCGCGCUGUACGGCAAGAAGCUCAACGGCCUGACGGGCCCACCGCAUCCCAUGCUGCAGGCCAUGGAAGAUUCGACCUCGGAAGCGAUGAAACGACCGAACCGCCCGGGGUUCCUCAACCGGUUCUUCUACGGCGGCAAGUUUACCAAGUCCAUCCGCACCAUGCGGGGCUACGCGGCCGACGUGGUCGAGAACCGAAAGGCCAACCCUGGCGACCACGCCCGCAAAGACGUGCUCGCCGCGCUCAUGAACAGCAGCGACCCCGAGACUGGCAAGGCCCUCACUGAAUCGCAGGUGAUUGAUGAAAUCGUCUCCAUGCCCAUCGGCAGCAGCACCGCGCCGUGUUGCGUCACCACCGCCAUUUAUUUCCUGCUUAAGAAUCCCGACAAGCUCGCCGAGGCCCGGAAGGAGGUGGAUACCGUCCUCGGAAAGGGAGAGGAGUUUACUUAUGCCCACCUCUCCCAGCUCAACUACGUGGAAGCCAUCGUCCGCGAAACGCUACGCCUCUCGUUUGCCGCUCCUGGUUUCAAUAUCGAGCCUAUCCCGAACCCCAACGACAAGAGCCCCAUAAAGCUAGGCGGAGGCAGGUACGAGAUUGCCCAUAACCAAGCCAUGAUUAUCGUGCUCGCGGGCGUAAACAGGGAUCCGACCCUGCCUCUGGGAGUCAGGAGGUUCUACGGCAACGGCAAGCGCGAGUGCAUCGGCAAGCAUUACGCCGCCCGGUGGAACGUGGUUGCGUUGGCGACUCUUCUCCGCGACGUGGAUUUCGAAAUGGCGGACCCCCAGUACGAACUUCACCAGGAUGGGUGGUUCAAUCUUCGGCCGGUUGAUUUCUUUGUCAAGGUCAAGCCGAGACAGGCGUAG